CGGGUUCCGCUGCAAUUCCCCGGUGUGUCUGGCCUUGGCACCACAUGCACUAAACGAGCCCGUCUUCGUCAAACCCUCGACGACCCCCAAGAAUAAUAAAAUCUCGUCCUCCUCGAGCCCGCCCACGGCCACUCCGCCGAUAAUGUACCAACAACCCUCCUCCGCCUACGACGCCGCCUCCUCACGAUCGCCGGGCUCCCACCGUCACCAACCUCAGUCGCUGCACCGUCAACCCUCGCGUCAGCUCGAUGCCUAUGCGCAACCCCCUCUUCCUGGCCUCUAUCCAGGCGAUGACCCCUCUCGAGCCUACGACCAGCGUGCCUACGACCGCACUGCCUCUACCAUUCAUUCUCCCUAUGAGUAUAACCUAGGCAAUGGCAAUCUCGCAAACGCUUGGAACACGACUGGCUUUUCGCAAAAUGCUACCCUGUCCACCCUCGGUGCUGCUGGCCGGCUGAGGCAACCACAGCGGAAUCCCAGGGGCAACCUUCCUGCUAACUGGCUCGUGGACCAGCCACCGCCCCUUCCCACUUUCGCUCUACCCGGUCUGGGUUCGGGACAUCAGAACAACGUCAUGGGCGGCCAUCAGCUCCGCCAGGAGAACCUCCAGCAAGAUACCGAGGACGAGAUCAUACCUACCGCCAUCGUCAUCAAGAACAUCCCUUUCGCUGUGAAAAAGGAGCAACUCCAAAACCUCAUGGCAGACAUGGGCAUCCCUAUUCCCUAUGCCUUUAAUUACCACUUCGACAGUGGAGUCUUCAGGGGCCUUGCCUUCGCAAACUAUCACUCCGCCGAGGAGACCGCCGAAGUCAUACGUCGUAUGAAUCACUUGGAGCUUUCUGGGAGGAAGUUGAGGGUCGAAUACAAGAAAAUGCUCCCCAUCGCCGAGAGAGAGCGCAUCGAGAGAGAGAAGCGUGAGCGGCGUGGCCAGCUGGAGGAGCAACACCGGCCCAUGGCGACCUCGAAUCUCCAAGUGCAAUCUUCAUAUGGCUCAUUAGCCACCCAUGCCCCCGCGCCUUCACCUUCUCCCGUGUCAGGGAUGCGUGGCGAGCCAAAACCUGACAUGAACGACCCUCAGGUCUUGCAGUUCUACACGCAGUUGCUUCUCUUCAAGGAGAACGGCGAUCGUGAGAGCAUGACCUUUCCUCCUACUCUGUCCCCCAGCCAACGACGCAUCGUCCAUACCCUGGCACAUUUCCUGGGCCUGAUGCACGUAUCCAAGGGCACGAAUGAUCAGCGUCAGAUCCACAUCUUCAAGGUACACAACAGCUCAAAUCUCAGCCCUCCUAUGCAGCAGCUGGCGCAGAACCACGCCAUUGAACAACCGCGACGUGGUCUUAACCGUGCCGCCACUACAGACUUCAGCGACGUGCGGGCUUCGGAAGGCUUCUACAACGCCUUUGGAAGACAACCAUCGUCUGGCCUGCUUGGAUUUGCGGAGUCGUCUGGCGGAUUGAAUGCAUCGCACAACCUGCGUGCCGCCAAGUCCUACGCGGAUUUGCGGUCCUAUACCCCAUCGCCUGCGCCUUCUACUGCCAGCCACCCUAUUGGCCGUGUUAGCGGCACCACCGAGACUUUUGCCUUCAACACGACAACUUCAACUAACCCUGCUGGUACUCCCAUCAAUACCACCAUGACGCAACGGGACGAUGUUCUGGAGCGGGAGAUGAGCCGGAUGCAGAUCGGCUCCUCAUUCGGUCAAGGAGGCAGCCCCCGUUCGCUGCGUCAGAUGACUUCUUGGGAGAACCCAGGCCCCAUUGGAGGCCAUCGAACCUUCAGCACCCCCUUUGAGGACCAGUCUCGCGAACGCGGUCUACCCUCUCGUCAACCACGUGGUCCAGUUCCGGAGCGCGGCUCGGGCUUCAGCCGUCCCCGUCAGAAUGGCCACCAAGGCAGAGGCAGUGAUGAGCUCUCUUCGCAAUCCACUCUGGAUAUUUUGGGGUCUCAAUAGGCACGAAUGUGCUUGAUCCGGACAACUUGACGAACUCGAUGCGAAAAGAUUUCUCUGAACGGCCCUCCAGUGUAUAUUACGGCCUUUCUCCCAGGACCAGUCCC